AUGGAGGCCGAGGCCGAGCACGACUUCAUGGCAACAGCCGAAGAUGAGCUCUCUUUUCGAAAGGGACAAGUACUUAAGGUUCUGAACAAAGACGAGGAUCCACACUGGUUCAAGGCAGAGCUCGAUGGUCAAGAGGGAUUUGUGCCUAGCAAUUAUAUCAAAGUGAUGGAUCAUCCCUGGUAUUUGGGAAAAAUCUCUAGACGCGACUCGGAGGCUCUUUUAAAUUCGCCGGGAACCCGUGAUGGCACGUUCCUCGUCCGACAAUCGGAAAGCAGUGCUGGGGAUUUCUCGAUCUCUGUCAGAUUUCGAAACACAGCUCAAGGAGUUGGCGUUCAGCACUUUAAGGUGCUACGAGAUCAAAGUGGGAAAUACUAUUUAUGGGAAUUAAAGUUCAACUCGUUGAACGAACUCGUGCAAUACCAUCGCACAGCCUCAAUCUCACGCACGGACACCAUCUUGCUACGUGACAUGGAUGUGGAAGCCACUUUCGUGCAAGCACUUUUCGAUUUCAACCCGCAAGAGCCCGGCGAGUUGGCGUUUAAACGAGGCGAUAUUAUUACUUUGUUGAAUCGAGACGACGAGAAUUGGUGGGAAGGAAAGUUGAACGAUCAAGGGGGAAUGUUUCCUGCGAACUACGUCUGUCCAUUCAACUCUCGAGUUCAAUCCGAA